AGAAAGAUACGAAAAUUUUCCACCCCACUGAUAACCAGCUAAUAACGAUUUCAUCCAUUUUUCAGCCAUUGUGAGACAUCAGAUAUCGUUCUUUUACAAACUUAUCAAAAGAAUAAUUAAAGAAGUAUUCAUCAACGACCAAAAUCGUAUAACCAUGGCCUCCUACAAGAUUUUAACUUCGAAAUCAUUGAUUCCAAUGGCGAGUCGUAUAUUGAAGUCCAACUGUGCCCGAACGGCUCAGUUUGCUUCCUCGGCUGCAAUGUAUAAUAAGGAAAUUAAAGAAUAUAAGGCACCACAAACAAGUGCCACAACUGAAGUUAAAAAGCUUCAGCGCCCUCCCUUUGGGAAAAAUUUGUUUCUUGGGAAGUUUGACACUGAAGUAUUAGCUUUUCCGGAAGUUCUUGAUAAAGAAAGGCUUCAGACACUUGAAGAACUGGUGGCUCCAGUAGAAAAAUUUUUUGAGUCAAUUGAUUCAAAAAAAAUUGAUGCAGAAGGGAAAAUUCCCAAGGAAACUUAUGAUGGACUGAAAGCUUUGGGUUUGUUUGGGCAACAGAUACCUACAGAUUAUGGUGGGCUGGGAUUCAAUGCUACCGAAUUUGCACGACUUGCUGAAAUUACAGCCUUAGAUGCAUCUGUUGCAGUAUCACUUGCAGCCCACCAGUCAAUUGGCCUUAAGGGUCUUUUAAUAGCUGGAAGUGAAGAUCAAAAAGCUAAAUACUUACCCCGUUUGGCCACAGGUGAGUGGACUGCAGCGUUUUGCCUCACCGAACCCAGUAGCGGUUCAGAUGCGGCGUCUGUGCAGACCAAAGCGACCCUAUCAGAUGAUGGUGAUUAUUGGAUCAUGAAUGGCAACAAAAUAUGGAUAUCAAACGGUGGUAUCGCAGAUUUCUUUACGGUGUUUGCGAAAACGCAAGUGAGGAAUAAAAUGGGUGAGAUGGAAGAUCGAGUCACUGCAUUUUUAGUGGAACGUAAUUUUGGUGGAGUGACCCAUGGGAAACCGGAGGAUAAGCUUGGCAUUCGGGGUUCGAACACUUGUCAGGUAUAUUUUGAAAAUGUGCCGAUUCCGAAAGAGAAUGUUUUGGGAGAGGUUGGAAGUGGUUUCAAAAUUGCAUUGAAUAUUUUGAAUUCUGGAAGAUUCAGUAUGGGAAGUUCAGGAGCAGGCAUGUUAAAAAAACUUCUCGGAUGGACAGCAGAGCAUGCAGUAACACGUAAACAGUUUGGCAAAGCGUUGAUGGAAUUUGAAUUAAUUCAAGAAAAAUUUGCAAAAAUGGCUUGUACCGUCUACGCCAUGGAGUCGAUGGCUUAUCUCACCUCAGCUAUGCUAGAUACUUAUGAGGAACCUGAUUGCGCGAUGGAGGCAGCAAUGGUGAAGGUUUUUAGCUCGGAGGGCGUUUGGAAUUGUACAAGUGAAUGCUUACAAAUUCUUGGAGGACUAGGCUAUAUGAAAGAUUACCCAUAUGAACGUUAUCUAAGAGACGCUCGCAUUUUACUCAUCUUUGAAGGAACCAACGAAAUUCUCCGUAUGCUCAUAUCACUAUUGGGACUGCAGCAUGCAGGAAAACAUCUUGCAGAUAUGGUUCGGAAAUUACGUAACCCGACUGCCAAUCCCCGGUUCGUCGUCAAAAGUACCUGGGAAAGAUUACGACGGAACCCUAAAAAUCCCAGACUCUCUCUUCAAUUAAAUAAUUUCCUUCAUCCAAGUCUCAGGGCUGCGUCGGAAUUGUUGGAGAAACGUGUCCUGCAAUUUCAGAUGGCUGUAGAAACUUUAUUAGCUCGUCAUGGAAAGGAAGUGAGCAAUAAACAAAUGGAUCUUCGACGUGUAGCUGACGUCGCGAUCGAUUUGUUUGCUAUGACUGCAGUUGUUAGUAGGUCCUCUCGGUCCUACUGCAUUGGAUUACGAAACGCAGAACAUGAAGUGCAAUUGGCACAUUCUUUCUGUAUCGAAGCCGAUUUACGUUGCGAGCGACAUUUAGUAGAAUUAUUUGGGGGUGAGCUGACCACCCAAGAUUUGGCAAUUAAGAAAAUUGCCCAAACUAUUUUCCAAAACAAAGGGUAUUGCGCAGAACAUCCUCUUAAACAAAUUUAAAUGUUCAUGUAGCCAAGAGUUUAAAUGGAGCUGUUAAUUAUGUAAUACAUAUUGCAAGUUGUGUUGAGCAAA